UAAUUAUUUAUUCAUGCGGUAUAUGUAUACAAACCAUACAUUUAAUAACCCCGGAAGAUAGGAAACUACCAUGGAUGGUGGGAUGAAGGCUCCACUUGUGUCGAACGAGCAAGCGGAACACGCCGGUGCCUACUCUCCACGGUCACUCAGUGACGUCACAUUCACCAACGGUGACGCCAGCAAAACAGACGACGCGUAUAUCGUCAGCUCAGUCCAGCCGGGAAUAUAUUCAGGUUUCUCCGCCGACUAUGGAACGGUGGAGAGUGCCGGCAGCCAGCAGCCUCGGAGCGGCGUGUGGACGCGAAAGCAGGUAUUCGGUGUGGACGAGAACGAGGAGCGUGGAAACUGGACCGGAAGGUUCGAGUACCUGCUGUCCAUGCUCGGGUACGCCGUGGGCCUGGGGAACGUCUGGAGGUUCCCAUACCUCUGCUAUAGGUAUGGGGGCGGGGCGUUCUUGUUGCCCUACCUGCUGUUCAUGACGUUUCUGGGGAUCCCCCUGUUCUAUAUGGAGGCGUCCCUGGGACAGUUAACCAGCUGUGGGCCCACGACCUGCUGGGGGUUUGCCCCACUACUGCAAGGGCUGGGUAUCGCUAUGAUGAUAUCGUCGUUUAUCACUUCCGGUUAUUACUGCAUGAUCAUCGCCUGGUGCCACUUCUACUUCUUCGCAAGUUUUACCAGUGACCUGCCCUGGACCACUUGUUACCAGUGGUGGAACACAGAUGAUUGUCGGGACAGGCUGCCGGACGUCACGUGUUUAGAUGUUGGUGACGUCAGAAGUUCUAACGGCACGUGUCACUCUGGUAACGGCAGUUUUACGGGUAUCUGGAACUACACUAUGUUUAAGAACGUCACAGGUCGCGAGAGAGUUGCGCCGACCAGGGAAUACUGGGAGCGGUACGUGUUACGUCAGAGCGCCGGAAUCGAGGAUACAGGCCAGCCCCAGUGGCGCCUAGUUCUCUGUCUCCUGUUCUCAUGGACGCUCGUCUUCCUCUGCCUCAUCAAGGGCAUUAAGUCCGCAGGCAAGGUUGUAUAUUUCACCGCCAUAUUCCCAUAUAUAAUCCUGGUAAUCCUGUUCUUCCGCGGGGUGACGCUAGAGAACGCCGGAAAGGGAAUCGAAUUUUACGUGACACCGGAUUUUAUAAAACUGCGCGACACUGCUGUGUGGAAAGCAGCCGCUGUGCAGAUAUUUUACUCUAUGGGGCCCUGCUGGGGCGGCAUAAUAGCUCUGUCGAGUUACAACAGAUUUCACAAUAAUAUAUAUAGAGACUCCAUGAUCGUCUCCCUUGGUAACUGCAUGACGAGUAUUUUCGGCGGGUUCGUCAUUUUCUCGUUCGUUGGUCACAUGGCCGGACAGCUGGGCGUCAGUGUUGAUCACGUGGCUGAUGAGGGCCCUGGUCUUGCGUUUAUCGUGUACCCCGAGGCAGUGCAGUCGCUCCCGGCCCCCGCAUUCUGGGCUGUCAUCUUUUUCUUUAUGCUCAUUACUCUCGGCCUGGAUAGUCAGUUUGCCUCUGUGGAGGCCCUGUUGACGGGUUUGUUGGACAUUGUUCCCAGAUACCGUCAACACAAAACCAUCGCCAUCUUCAUCAUCUGUAUUGCCAUGUUCCUGCUGGGUCUGCCAUUUACUACCAGGAGCGGUAUCUACUGGGUGACGCUGGUGGACUACUAUGGGGCUGCCUGGGGUGUGCUGCUCACUGGCCUGGUGGAGGUUAUAGCGAUCUCAUAUAUAUACGGUGUAGACCGGUUCUGUACAGACCUGGCGGUAAUGAUCGGCCCAUGGCGGACAUGGUACUGGAAACUCUGUUGGGUCUUUAUAACUCCGGCUGGAACCAUUUUUAUCUUGCUGAUAUCGUGGAUCGACUACCGGCCUGUGUCAUACAACAAGUACUUCUACCCGGCCUGGGCGGAGAACCUUGGCUGGCUUAUCUCAUUUGCUGCAAUAUCUUCAGUACCCAUCGUCGCUGUGUUCAAAGUUGCUACUUAUAAGAAGGAUAUGUCUAUAGGCGAAAGAAUACGCCAUUUAAUGCGGCCGUCGCGGGAGUGGGGCCCAGCGCUGGUAAAGCACCGGAAGUUGGUGAAGCACGUUCCAGGGUUCAUCGUGGAUCCGGAGGACUGGAACCACGGGGUGGCGUUCUCCUACCAGAACCUUGACGACACACCCACUGUAACCAUGCAACACAUGCACGGCGUCACGGACGGGACGGCUGAAGCGUAGGUCACGUGUCUGUCAAGACAGAGCGUCAAUCAAAGCGGAAUAAAAUCUUCAAUCAUUCUCCAGUCUGAGAAUCUCAAAACAUGUGAUAGCCCUUGAGUGUUAAAAUACUCGUAUCAUACAUACAUUUGAUUUGUGAUACUUAUAUUUGUGAUGCUGUGUCCGCAUGCGUGUUCAUUUAUGUUAUAUACACAUUAAUUAUAAGCAUUUUUAUUAUGUGCGUUACGAUUUUACAUAUACAUUCCAUAUAUUUUUACUAUUGUCAAAAAACAAAGUGAAUGAUAUUGUACGUUUUGAUAUUUUAUUUUCAUUUUUAUAGCAAGGAACACUUAUCAGUAACAAUCAUUUUGGAGUUUCUUUUACAGUUGAAGAGUUGGAAAGGCACCCGGUUCUUCGCUAUAUUCUUCAACCUAAAAUAUAAACGUUGACAAUAUUUUUUUCUUGUACAGGGAGGUUUUAAAUAAUUAAUUGCAAAUCAUAUAAGCUUGAGUACUAACAAAGCGUCCACGCCAAAUACAAACCUUUCUCUGUUUAAAGUAUUCAGGUGUGAAUCUCCGUGGAAUUUGCAGUGUAUCUGAAAAAAGCAAUAUGUCGUACAUAAACAAGUAAUAAAUAUUGAACGGGG